CGCUUCAGUGUUUACAGACACACGCAUUUCCCAAGCUUCCAAGCUUGACGCUUGUUUUUGCUCCGCGGGGCCGAGGGGGGGCGGACAGCUGAGGAUUCACCGUGUCCUUGAGAUAUGACAACCCGAGGGUUUCCCAUCUUUCUUCCCCGGACAGUUGAAGACUACUUGGGCGCGCCUUUUUGACAAGAUGCUGGGUUUUUUCGUCAGAGCGGCGCAGCGGCCUAGCGUUGUAAAUCCAUGCCGCUUGCUCAGAGCUGUAACACAGAUCCCAGAGCGGUCCUAUGUGCAUCAGGAGGGUUUACCCAAGCUGCCCGUGCCACCCCUGAAGCAGACAUGUGAGCGCUACCUCGCCAUUCUGGAACCUAUUGUGAGUAAGGAAGAGCUAGAACACACCCGACAAUUAGUACAGGAGUUCCUCAAGGGUGGAGUGGGUGAAAGACUUCAGAAGGAACUGGAGAGGCGUGCACGAAAGACCGACAACUGGUUAUCAGAGUGGUGGAUGCAGUCGGCAUAUCUGGACUGCCGCAUGCCAUUAGCAGUUUACACGAGCCCCGGAGUGGUCCUUCCUCGGUUGCACUUUCAAGAUCGACAAGGCCAGAUGAGAUUUGCAGCCAAACUGAUUGCAGGAGUUUUGGACUUCAAAAGAAUGAUCGACACUGAAACGCUGCCAGUAGAGUAUUUGAGUGGGAAGUCUCUCUGCAUGGACCAGUAUUAUCAGAUCCUUUCUUCCUGCCGAAUCCCUGGACCAAAGAGAGACACUGUUGUAAAUCAUGCUGUAGGGAAGACACCUCCCACUCACAUUGCAGUGGUCCACAACUUUCAGUUUUUUGUCUUGGAUGUGUACAACAGCGAUGGCACGCCACUAACGGUGGAUCAGAUAUACAUGCAGCUGGAGAAGAUCUGGAAUUCCUCUCUGCAGACUAAUAAGGAACCCAUCGGCAUCCUUACAUCUCAGCACCGGAACACCUGGGGAAAAGCUUAUAACAACCUAAUAAAGGAUAAGACAAAUAAGGAGUCGGUCCGUGCCAUCCAGAAAAGUAUCUUUGCAGUAUGUUUGGACGCUCCGCUGCCUCGAGUGUCAGACGAGCUGUAUCUCAGCCGUGUGACUGCUCAGAUGCUCCACGGAGGGGGGGCCCGCUGGAACAGCGGCAAUCGCUGGUUUGAUAAGACGUUGCAGUUCAUUGUUGGGGAAGACGGUUCAUGUGGACUGGUUUAUGAACAUGCUCCCGCUGAGGGUCCACCCAUUGUGUUUCUCAUCGAUCACGUUGUUAAAUACAUGCAGAACAUACAAAUGGUCCGCUCUCCCAUGGUUCCGUUGCCCAUGCCUCAGAAACUGCGAUUCAACAUCACACCAGAAAUUAAGAGAGACAUUGAGAAUGCUAAACAGAACAUGAACAUAAUGGUUCAUGACUUGGAUGUGAAAGUGCUCAGAUUUCCUCAUUUUGGUAAAAAAUUACCAAAGCAAUAUAAGCUAAGUCCAGAUGGCUUUGUGCAAAUGGCUCUACAGCUGGCAUACUUCAGGAUGUACAAUUGCUGCUGCUCCACCUAUGAAAGUGCAUCGCUCAGAAUGUUUAAAUAUGGACGAACAGAUGCCAUCCGUUCCACCACAGCAGACUCGCUUCAGUUUGUCAAGGCGAUGCAAGACUCUACAAAGCAGAAAGAAGAGAAGGUUGCAAUGCUGGAGAAAGCUGUCCAAACACACAAGGAAAACACAUACAAUGCUAUUCAUGGACAGGCCAUAGACAGACACCUUCUUGGGUUGAGGAUGCAGAGUAUUACUGACCUGACCUCUAUGCCCGAGAUAUUCAUGGAUACCUCCUAUGCUGUGGCUAAUCAUUUUAAUCUCUCCACCAGCCAGGUUGGCUCCAAAACAGACUGUGUUAUGUGCUUUGGCCCAGUGGUGCCAGAUGGCUAUGGAGUGUGUUACAAUCCCAUGGAUGAGCACAUAAACAUUGCCAUCACAGCCUUCAACAGCUGCGAGGAGACAAAUGCUGCCAACUUUGCCCAGGCUGUAGAGGAUUCACUGUUGGACAUGAGAGCUCUCCUGGAAGACGCAGCCGUGACCAGACAGUGAUCCCACACAGCAGUCUGGCUUGCCGGGCAGUGACGGGAACUGAAACGGAAUCGAGUCAUUGCCAGAGCUGUUGGCAGAAUGCCUCACUGGCAUAAACGUGCAAUGUGCUAAGAAGAAACCUGCUUCCAGGGAACCUGCUGGAGGGAAGUUUAGAGUGUCAGGGCAAAAAGAAUAAUUUAAGAGAAUGAAAUAUUUUAAUAUUUUGUGGGAACAUUUGUGUUAUGUUACAGAUGCUUCUUUCCUUCUUUAAUACACAAGAUGUUUGUAGUAAAGCGUUAGCUUUACUCUG